AUGCCGCACGGCUGUAACCAUGCCCAACAAUUACAAGUAAUGAACGAGUCAAUUUUAAAUCAUUUAUUUCUUCCAUUGCAUCUGCCAUCCUCUGCGGAGUCUGAUUUUUGUAUUCGAUCCAAUCAUCGCAAUGAACACAUAAUACUGGAAUGUAUGAAUGAAUUCUUGAAUUCGUUCGAUGCGAGUAUGGUAUUACCAAUCAUUCGAGUUCUGACCGAUUGCACACAACGUUGGUCUAUGUUACAAAAGAGUCCUAAAAUCUCAGUAUCUAAUCUACAAUCCAUCAUUGAACAAGUCCCGGCUGGUGGUUUUCUUCCUAUAUAUUUUCAUGCACAAAAUGCUGCCAUUUUGAUCGAAAUCGAUGACAACAACAUCAAUCAACCAUUAAUUUCCUCUUGGCAAGUUCUAUUAUCGAAUGAUACAAUUGUAUCCUCUAUUCAACCACAUCUAUCCUGUUUUCCGAUGACAACUUAUAGAUUAUCCGAUCGUUCUUAUCUAACCUCGACGGUCCAUUGUGAAUUAUUAACGGACUUCUUGAAAAAUACGAUUGAAUAUCCAAAAUCUUACAAAGCCUCUCGUGAAGUAACGGAAAUACGGGAUGUACCUGUGUCGCAUUAUGUAUGUCAGUGGUGGAUUCAGCGAUUUCCAGGAAUUACCAUAGAAAACAGCUCUCACACAUUAGUUCAAUUCAAUAAAAAGCAUCGUGAUCAAGUGAGAUGGAACAAUGGACAUUUACCUUUUCGACGUUCAGGUUUAUGGAUGACCAUCAAGGUGGUUUUUCAAACUAUUCUAACCAAACGUUUAGGAAAUAUUGGUACCACCGUUUAUAAAUUGUUGAUAACCCAUUUUUUAACAUAUAUGAUUUACAUGAGACAAACUGCGAUGGAUUCUAUUCUAACCAUUGAUCUAUUAGUUCAUUGUCUCCGAAAAAUUCUACGCCGAUUAAAUAAAAUCGAAAGUUCAUUGCCGACGAUCGAUUCCAAUGAUAUCAACAAAUGGAUUCAAUUGACGAAACAUGAAAUACAGAAAAGAAUUGAUGAAAUCUUUCCGAAUAUGGAUUGGCAAACAUCGAUUAAGAUUAAUGAAGAACAAAACAACAAACAACUGCUGAUUGAUUCGAACCUGAAUGAUCCAGAACUCUAUCGACAUUCAUGUGAAGCAUUCAAAAAUUAUUUAAAUAGUGAUAAUUCGAAAAUCUCGCAUAAAACAUCGUUCAACUUCCCGAUCUGUGAUGAUAUGAUUGAUAUCGAACAAGGACAUUUCAUCCAUUCUUUCAAUGUUUUAACCAAUCAAUUCAAAUAUACGGUUGGAACAGCCUUGAGUCAGAUGGAAAUUUGGGCUAUAUCAUGGGCAGAGCAAUGGAUCAGUGGGCCAGCAUCAGGUCGAAAAGAGACAGAGCAUUUUCAGAUGUUAUUACGAUUCUUCGAAGAUUAUCAGAAUCAUGCACUAAUGCAUUACUGUCCGGAAAAAUGCACAACAGAUCCGAUCGGCUACACUCGAUUUCUUCUGACAUCAUUAACAAUUAUUCGUGCUAUGCAUCAAAAGUUAUGUCAGGAUAAGAAACUUGAACGACUACAAUUUCAUUGCAUUGACAUUCCAAAUAUGAUGGACCUUUUCGAAUAUUGGAUCUUACCGAAUCGUGAAGAUAUGAUUCGAGCUCGUGAUCUCUAUGAAUAUUUCAACAAGUUCAAACAUAAAUCAUAUCCUGAUCUUUUGACCAAUAUCGAGGCAGAAAAUAGUUUCGGUGUUUAUUUUGCUGCUCAGUCGACUAAGAUAAAUAAUUGUCUUCGAAAAAUUCAAACCCAGACUGAACAAAACAAGACAGCGAAAAUUCAGGAAGUGCAGCACGCCAAAGACAAAUAUCAUCGGCUUAUGAAUUCAAUCAAUGGUUGUCCUUGUAUGUGUUAUGGUGUACUUGAUUCUAGGCAAUGCCGUCGAUGUCGAAUUGAGCAACAAGCAAACAACAUUCAAGUUAGCAUUUACGAGUGUCCAGUACCGUCCCAACGAGCCAGUGCUUUAGCCGUUAUGUUUGAAUUACGAAUGCCAAUUGAAGUUAGAUGUUAUCGCGACGUUCUUUGGCAGUUUGUCAAUCGUUCUCAACAUCGACCAGAGCGUCGCAUGUAUGAAUGGUUAAGAGUUCGUCCUCAUUCGUGCACAUUAGAACCAUUAUUUACUGGUCCAAGUGAUUGCAAAGUUAAGUUAGUUUCUUCCACGAAUUCAAUUACACAAAGUCACAUUUCUAAUCCACCGAUUGCAUUGGCAUCGAUCGAUGACUUCCUGUAUGAAAAUAGUCUCCAAGUCGAAAUAUCGCCCACUCAACCCCUUUCAUUCCAGGACGAGUGUCAACGUUUAACACCUCAGCUGAAUCAUCCCGAUUACAAACAUUUACAGUACUCUGUCAUAUCCACACAAUUCGUACAAAAUCGAGUCAUAGCCGAUCUGUCACAUACUCGACAUAAACUCAAACCAAAUCAGUUUAUUGAAUUCGGGUCAUUUCGUUCAGGUCAUCGAUUGCAAUGGUGGAAUCUGUUGGCCAUGCUGGAAAUGGAUUCUUUGUCGCUGAAUGAGGAAAGUGUCGCUGUACUGAUUAUUCAUGCCAUAUUGCAAUAUGGUCCAAUGACCGAAAACCCUAAUGAGCUAAUCUUUCCUUGGUGUUCCGAAUCACAUCAGCAACUACUUGAUGAUCAUUUCGUUGACGAAUUACUCGUGAGAUUGAAUCGUCAUUUACUUGAUUGUGCGUCAAAUUGGCAGAAUGAAUUGGUACUAGUGGUGAUAACAAUAAUUACUAUGAGAGUGUUGACUAUAUGCAAUUCAACCCGAGAAGAUCAAGUCAUCGAUUUAGCUCUUAAAUGCCGUCACAUUGGUGAAAAAUGGAUCGAUCUGAUUUCGGUAUCAGAUUUGGAUGAAACAGAAAGUCUCCGCCUUAAUAUGGUAAUCAUAGGUGUGGCCUGCCUGUUCACUUUUUCAACUCAUAUGGACCGCAUCCAUUGUAUUUUCUCAUCGAAUCAGCACAUGAUCUCGUUACUGAAAGCAGUAACGACCGUGCAUGAUAAUCUCGUUUUAAACAAGAAGCAAACAUCUAUGAGCAUCUUUAUAAGAGAUCUAAUCCAAUUAACUGAACGUGUCUUAGUACAAAUACAGCCUACAGUAGGAGAAUUUCUGAAAAAAUCGUCCUAUCAAAGUUUAAAUGAUUUUUCUGCCAUUUAUUGGGCAGUGAUCAGAAAUGAAGAUACGAUCGAUGGUCAGUGGAAGAAACGGAACAAAAAUAUCUAUGAUGGUUGGUAUGAUGGCCAAUAUGAAUCGACUUAUUUAUCGAUUGACUGUUUACGCGGCAUAUUUUUAGUGAAUGGAAUGAGUGUUGGUUAUUUACCGGAAAAAAUUCUCUCCAAUGAAUUAUAUUUUCGUGUUUUUGACCAUUAUAUCUUUCAAGUACAAGUGGCUGACUCACCCAAUACAUAUAUUACCAAAUAUGCUUAUCAUGGUGACGGACGAGUUCGAUAUGAAUUUCAUUUUGAUGAUCAACUGAAUCGGCUUAUUGUUCAUGAGAGGUAUGUCAAGACGAAUGAAAUAUUUGAACUGAUACCUUCGAAAUGUUUUGAAACUGAACUACCAAUCGCAUUUGUCUCCGAAUAUAGUCAUUGGAAAAGUUUGAAAGAUCAAAUAAUCGAAUUUCGACCGAUUCAUUUUAAAGAUCCGGACUUUUUCAAUUACAAACCAUAUGUGUUAAAUAUUGAAACAGGCUAUGUGACGACUAUCAACAGUAUGAAAACUCAAAUUUUAGUUAAUCAAUCCUCAUCGCUUUUCCAGAAUUGGUUUACACGGUAUUUCAGUCGUCUCGAUGAAAAGCCCUAUGUGUAUAUGAUGCGAGAUGAUGCUUCAACCGUUAUUCAUAUUCAUCUCUCCCGCUUGGCAAUUGCCUUCAAAUACGAUACAAGCAACCAUUGUUUUACUUCGCGUGAAUAUUCGGAUAUGUGUAUUGAUGAAGAUCAAUGGUUAGGAACACUGACAGGUUUGAAAUUUGGUCUGCUCCUAUCGUCAACGAAAGCAUUCAAUCAUAGUCGAAAGCUGAUCGUCCCUUUUGGGCAUGUCGAUGCAAGACGAAGAUCGUCUUUUGACCAUCAGAUUGUCACUAUUCAACGAAAGCCAUCAAUGCCGUAUGCUCAUCAAUAUUUCGUUUUUACUUUGAACGAUCGAUUACGUAUCAUUCAAUCAACGGAUAGCCCUACCGGAUGGUUAUAUCUGGCGUUACUUCAUGCUCUGACAUCGCAUCCUCUACCGGAUCAAUAUACAGGCAUGAGUGGAAUGGAACGUGCUUUUCAAUUGCUAAAUUCCGCUGGUUGUUGGACUGAUCAACCGUUCGAUGCACUUUCUUUACAUAUUCUUCGUCAAAUUGCUGUCAUUUCACCCAGUGCGAAUUAUUCUCGACAAUAUUGUACUUCUAUGGAAACGAUUAAUUGGAGUUAUCAUAGUAUUCCGUAUUCAUUGCAACAUUGUGGGUAUUAUCUGAUAGCAAAAAAGCUGCUCGAUACCAGUGAGAAAUUCAAUUUCAUGCAUUUAUCGUCACAUACCCAUGAGAUGUUAAAACUAGCCGAUGAGAAUGAAUAUGAUGAAAGAUUAUUGGCAAAACUAUAUUGGGACUAUCGUGAUUCACACAAUUCAAUUGCACGAUUAUCUAUCGAAAUUGAAGAGGAACUACUGGAUACAAGAAUGGAAACGCCAUAUCAGCCGACUUCCGGAUAUGAUACGUCGGUCGAAAACCAUGAACAGGUUCAUCUUGUUAAUGAUGUGUACCAUAGUGGAGAUAUGCGUCUUAAAGACAUUUCUGAACUUUGUUGUUUUCCUUUAUCUCAAUGGCUCACAGAUGAAUAUAGACUUAACAUUGUUUGGAUUGGUUUGUUAAAACUAGCUGAUUCGAUCAAGACAGCUGCAACUAGUCAUGGUAAAGAAGAUCUUGAACGAUUUCAACUGCUGUUAGACUUUCUUCAUUACAUAUCUGGCAAACGCGCGAUCCGACCAAUUUAUUUGCAGAUGUUAAACACCGUCUUGCAAGUGCCUGCUCUAUCAUUGAAAUCGAUCACGUUUCCCCCGUUUACUCAAUAUCAUAAUAUUCAGCAAGUUUCAGUGAUCAUGAGUGCCAUCGAUUUCAACUGGAAUCAUUCAGCAAGUGAACGUAGAUCGAUUAUGGAAGAAGUGAAAAGUUGUUUGGAGUUGGGUUAUACCUACAAAGAUCAUUGUCGUCUGGCAACCUCUGAAGAGAAAUAUCAAAUAAAAUUUUUAUUAAAAUCUUGGCAAUUAAACCGAAAACUCCAGACAUUUCUAAUUACCAUUCAAAAUCUGAUCUGUUCUUUUGCUUUCAUUCCAUGGAACACCCGAGUGUCCGUUUAUUCUCAAGAAUUUCUACAAAAGGCCAUCGAAGAUCAUCAUCAAAUAGAAGUUAAAUCGACGGAGAAACAAAUCGACCCAAAGUUACUUCUCAAUGCUCAACAAAAGUAUUUCUAUCCGAAUUCACACUCCUUUAUCAAGUCAACCUUCAGUCUUCAAAGUGUUAAUCUACAGAAAGAGUUUCCAGCCGACAUUUUCUCUUCCAUCGAUGAUCAACAUAUUCAUCUCAGUAACAUUGGCAAUUACUUUAAGAAUCAUUUAGCAGAAAGUUGGAAACAACUACAAUCCACUGAAACCUACCAAAGAGAAUACCCUACCAAGGAGGAAAUUACUCAAGUUCUUCAAUCUUUUCAACAAGAAUCGAUUCAAUUCUGGAAAGAAUUAAUAAAAUCCAUUACUACUACCAAUGAACAGUUAUUCCAAAUAGGUUUGGCACCAAGAACAACUCCAGCCAUUCUUAUAUCUAUGUUUCAACAGAUUUGGCUUAACGAAGAACAUCAACAAUCUUUCAAGCCACUCUUUAACAAAGACCAAUGUACACUUUUUGGGGGACUUAUGGUCAAUUGGAUUGUUGAACAGCAGAUCGAGAGAGCUUUAUAUUAUGCCUAUCACAAUAAACGAGAAGAAUUCGAAAAAGAACUAUCGAAUACCCCACAUACCAAUUGGACACCAUCAAAGCAUCUACCAUGGUUAAUCUUUGAACUAGAAAUGAACAUAACCAUUCGUGAAAUUCAAGUGGAUGUUGCCCGUCACAUGAUGCAACUCUCACCCGAUGGUACUCAAGCAAGAAAUAUCGUCAUGCAAAUGAAUAUGGGCGAAGGAAAAACGUCGGUCAUUAUACCAAUGUUAGCACUUAGUCUAUGCUCGCCUCUAUCAAGUUUGGUUCGUGUCGUGGUUUUGAAAUCAUUAUUUAACAUGAAUUACCAAGCAUUAAGAUUUAAAUUAGGUGGUUUAUUGAAUCGGCGUAUUUUUUCGUUUGCUUGCCGUCGAGAUAUGGAUUUCAACAGCGUCCAAGUGAAUCAAAUCUUUAAUCGACUUCAACAAGGCUUACGUUAUUGUGAUAUCAUAUUGGUUUCACCUGAAACCAUUCUUUCGUUCGAUUUGUUAACAAUAGAUAAAUGUCGACGUCACGAAUUUGAUACGGCUCGUUCGAUGUUAAUGGUACAACGAUGGUUAAAAGCUUUUGCUCGAGAUGUUUUAGAUGAAUCGGAUGAAAUUUUACAUUGUAAAUAUCAAUUAAUUUAUACAGUUGGUGCUCAACAACAAGUAGACGGAGGCGUGGAACGCUGGAAACUUAUUCAAUGGAUAUUGAACUCAGUUAAAAAAUUUGCUGCGGACAUCGCACAAAGUGAUCCUGAUGAUAUUUGCUAUAAAUCAUCGAAAGGCAAAAGUGCUUUUCCGGAAUUUCGGUUAUUAUCACAUCAACCAUUUCCUAAACUAUCUACAAAAAUUAUGCAUGACUGGCUCAAUCAAAAAUCAUAUCGAAAAACAGACAAGCAAUAUAUUUUAUCGUUCAUUUUCGAUAUGAAUUCCUCAGUCGAUGCUCUCAUCAAUCGAUUCCCAUCGAAUGAUAUUCAAUUGUUUCUUAUUAUUCGUGGUUUACUAUCAGCCGAAGUCUUAUUGGUCGCUUUAAAAAAACGUUAUCGAGUACAUUAUGGUGUCAAUCUUCAUUCGAGUUUUAAUCGAUUGAUGGCCGUACCGUUUCGAGCUAAGGAUGUUCCUGCAGAAAGAACCGAAUUCGGUCAUCCGGAUACUGCACUCGUCCUGACACAACUCUCGUACUACUACAGUGGUUUGAAUGAUUCGCAAAUGCUUCAAUGCUUCGAUCGUUUAAGUAAAGAAGAGCGUGAACCGGAAUCGAUUUAUGCUGAAUGGAUUUCGCACGAAGAUGAAAAUGAUAUUCCUCAAAGUAUAAAACAAUGGAAAGGAAUCUACCGAAAAGAUUGUCAACAGGAACUCCGUCCAAUCUUGCUUACUCUACGCUACAAUAUGUUAGUCAUCAAUUAUUUCUUGAAUCACUUUGUCUUUCCUCGAGAAGCAAAACAAUUCCCUUACAAAUUGAUUUCCUCGGCUUGGGAUUUAUCUUCAGCAGCGCGAACAAAUAUCAUUACCGGCUUCAGUGGUACGAAUGAUACACAAUUGCUAUUGCCCUUGCAUAUUCAUCAGUGUGAUUUACGUCAGUUGCAACAAACUGAUGCCAUUGUUGUUAACAAUUUAUUACAACCGGAAAAUGAAAAUUACCGAUAUUUAUCCGUCAAUGCGACCUCAGAGACGAUCUUAUAUGCAAUAGCAACUUAUCAAUCGACUAUCAACGUCAUUCUGGAUGUGGGUGCUCUAUUUAUUGACGGUACAAAUCGUGACAUAGCAGUCCAUUGGUUGAAACUAUCAGAUAAAGCCAACAUCGAUUAUGCGAUUUAUUUCGAAUCCGAUUAUAUCGUUGUUUGCGAUCGACAAUUUCAUCAUCAUUCAUUUCUAACAUCACCUGCAAGCGAACGACUGGAUCGUUGUGUCAUUUAUUUAGAUGAAGUGCAUACGAGAGGAACUGAUUUCAAAUUUCCAAGUGGAUUCAAAGCUGCAGUUACUUUAGGAAAUGGUUUAACUAAGGAUCGUUUUGUACAAGCAUGUAUGAGAAUGCGUAAAUUAGGAGAAGGUCAUUCUUUGACGUUUUGGAGCUCAGAUGAAGUACAUCGACAAAUUGUCUUAUUGAAGAAACGUUUACUACACUGCGAACACAUUGAAUCCUGCCAAAUCAAAGAUAUUUUACGUUGGGUAUAUGAGAAUACACAACAAGCCACUUGGGAUGGAUUGCAUCAUUGGACGGUACAAAGUCUUAGUUAUCAACGUAAAGUCAAUGCUUUUCAAAACAUUCAGUGGACUAAUCAUCAUCAAGUUUAUACAGAUCAAAUGAUGGAAGAGUUAGCGGAGAAAUGCUUAGAACCGGAAAUAAUUGAAUUGAAACAGAUGUAUGGUGUACCCAAAGUAUUGCAAACCAUAUCAGAGAUAUACACAAUUCGCUAUCAACAUUCGAAAAUUCUUGCUUCAGAAAAGCUUCAUCAUGCUGUAUUAGAAAGAAUCAAUGUGUAUGGUGGAUCGAAACAGCGUCUGUCUCAAUUUUUUGAUGAAGAGCAACAACGAGAAUUAGAACAGGAGUUAGAGCAAGAACAAGAACGAGAACAGGAACACGAGCAAAAAUGUCCUCGACCUAUUCGACCAUGUAACCCCAUCCUUCACAAAGAAAUCAAAAUGCUUUGCAAUCCAGAGGAUUCUAUGUUGGACUUGGCCAAGUUACCUUUGGUGUUUUGUCCGUUAGCAUACGCAUUCUUCGAUUCGACAUUCUUUGAAGUAUGUCAACCCAAUAAUUGGCAACCAAAUUUUUGGGUGUCGACAGAAUUUCAACGAGUGAUUGAAAAUAGAGAAGAACCAUUAGAUCUAUUUUUACGUCCUCCACGUUGGAUAAUAGUCUAUCGAAAUGAGCAUAUUAUUUUUGUCAACGCUUUUGAAGCCAAUUGGUUAAUGGGACAAUUGCACCAUCGUUGCCACCAGGAAGAAUCGAACGGACCAUUGAUCACUACAUUACGCUUAUUAUUGCCGCGUCUCAAGCGAAAUCAAUCGAUCUUCGUCGAUACACCUGCCCUGACGAUUCCCCAUGAUCCUAAUGCUUUCGUUUUGCCCGUGGAUUGGUUGGUUCAAUUAUUCGUCUUCAAUGGUACAAUUUAUUUCGAAACUAUUGAGGAGCAAACGGCCUAUUGUCAAUGUUUAGCUCUGUGUCUCAAACCUCGAACGAUGAUCGAAGAAAAUGCUUUUGAAAAUGGUUGGAUUGCGGUUGAUGGAUUUGUUCAAGACCCAGAACACCGUUGCCAGUUACAGAUUCAUCGAGCUCGAUUCAAUUCUAAUCCGUUGGCAUUCGUCAAAGAACUCCUUAAAAAUCGAAAUGAUACUUAUGCACCUGUAACGUCACAUAUUGGAAAUAUUAUUUACAAUUCUUUCAAAUCUCUUACCCCUGAGCAAAGUUGA